ACUUCACCUUCAAAGUUCCCAAGUUGGUUAGAAAGAGACCGAAUAGCCUGCCGUAUCUCUCACAUUCUCCCGGGUCUGGAGUAAAGUUCCCCAACACGGAGACAGGUGAAGCCUCUGGGGGGGCCAUGUCUGGGGGCGGUGCUGCCAACAACAGUUGGACCAUCCUCACAUCUGAGGAGACAGUUGCUGAAACCCUGAGGCCCCUUGCAGAGGGAACAAAGCAGCAUGAAGAAAGCCACACAUCUGCCACAGGACCUGGAGAGAAAAAUCAGCCUCCAAAUAGCGCCGAGUCUGCAGAAGAAAGGCUCCCAGAGGAGGGUUACCUAGUUUCUGAAGAUCAAAAUGCAGAUUCCAACUCAAAUCCUCCAUCUGUGGAUGCCUCUGGCACCUUGGACCAUGGUAACAUUGAGAGCAAAACUGAGGGACUGACGAGGUCUUCCCCUGACCCGGAUUCGUCCUCUGACUCCUACACCCUCCUGACGCCUUCCCUAGAUGGGCCCCCAGACUCACUGCUCAGCACAGAGACUCUUGGAGGUGCAGAGUUUUCACCCGCAGAAGAGGAACUUCGACAAGAAGAAACGCUUCAUCUGCAAAAUAAAGAGGAGCCACACCAAGAGGGACAGCAGUCCGGAAUUGGUGAAAGGACAGAGGAGGGAGAGUCAGUGGAGAGGAGGAGAAAGUCUCUCCUGGAGCAGAUUGGAAGAAAAGAAGAGGAGGAGGAAGAAGAAGUGGAAGAAGAAUUUCAGGUGCCACAGCGAGAGAAUGACGGCGUGUUCUCUCUUAACAAAUGCAUCCUGGCUGCUCUCAUUCUGUUGGGGCUCGGCACCGUCUUUUUCUCUGGUGUCUUCAUGGACUUCGAUGAGGAAAGUGACUAUACAACAAGGGAACUGAAGGAUACAGAGGCACCAGGGAAACAGGAGUGGCUUAGUCCCGAAGUAGCUCCAGGUUUAGAUCACAACAGCCCCCAGCUCCUGAAUAAGUUAGCUGAAGGGAACCAGCAGAUUUCUGCACUACAAGCUCAGCUUCAGGCACAGAAAGAGGAGCUAAAAGUAGCCAAGGAGCAGGCAGCAGAGGGAGAGGAGCAGCGGCUGCUCUGGGAGGAGGUGGAGAAGGAAAACAGUAGGUUGAAGACAGAGAUUGCAUCUCUCCCUGUCCUUCAGAAAGAGAACGACAGGAUGAAGAAAGAGCUGGAGUCUGUCCCGGUCCUACAGAAAGAGCUAGAAACCCUGAGAUCCACUGUGACAAACUUAAAACUCUCCCCAGCAACCAGUGAUGCUGAUCAAGCCAGCAUGAAGCACUCUACAUCACCACCUAGUGACCAAACAGAAGAUGGCAGGCAGGAUUCAGCUGGACCACCUGGAAAACAGCCAUGGAAGACUUGGGGAGAUCAGAGGCAGAAGAAAGAUCCAAAUAAGGUUAAAUAUGAAAUAAAUGACAAAAAACAGCAGAAGGGGAAAGAUAAGUCUGUUAGGAAGGAAGGAGAUGGAGAAAGGGGAGACAAAAUGGAGUGGAAGAAGGGAAAACAUGAACAUGGGAAGCUUGAGAAUGACAAAGAUAAGCCAGGUAAGAAAAAGAGGCAAAGUGAUGAGGCAAGUCCUUGGAAGCAGAAAGAGUUAAAGAAAGAGAAGGGAGGAAGAGGAGAUGAUGGUAGACAGUUGGAGGACAAGGAAGGUAGGAAAGAGUUGAAGGAAGACAGAGAAAGGAAAAAGGGAAACUUUGAGAAAGUACAUGAACAGAAAGAAUGGAAAGGUAAAGAGAAAGACGAGUGGCGAGGAGGGAAGAAUCGCAAUCAGAAGCUGAAAGGAGAGAUGGAGUGGAAGAAAGGGAAACAUGGAGGCAAAGAAAAGCAGGAGAGAAAAGAUUGGAAGGAGAAAGGAGAUAAGAAAGACCCUGAGUGGAAAGAUAAAAUUGGUAAGGAAGGGAAAGGAAAGGGUGAGAGGAAGCAGUGGGACAAUAGCAAAAGUCAGGGUAAAGAAAGGACAGGGACAGAUGAGAGGAAACAGUGGAAUGAGUAUGAGAGGAAGAGCAAAAACGGGAAAGAAGAGAAGAAAUUCAGGAGGAAGGAUGAGACUUCGGAACAGUUUAAGAUCAAAGAGAUGAAACUGAAAGAGAAAAAGCAUAAUGUAGACUGGGAAAAAGACCAGUCACACUCCCUGAAAAAGAGAAACAACGAACAUGAAUUUCCAGGUAACCAUGGCCACAAAGAAGAGCACUUGUAUGGUGAGCGAAAGCCCCAUCACACCCACCCCAAACCUGCCGUAGGACAACCAGAAUACUGGUUCCAACAGAGACAACGCCUCCAACACGACCUCAAACCACUGCAGCAGUGCGACACGCUGGAAACCUGCGCCCAGGCGGAGGGGCUCCUCCCCGUCUCGUUAUCAGAGUUCGACUCUGUACUGCAAACCUAUCUAACCAAGAUAGAGGAGGCCGGAGUAGAUGGAUCCAAAACAUCAGAGCUCAGAAAGAUCGCCUUGGAGUUUUUCAAGGAUGGGAUGUUUGUGCACAACCAGAGGAGCUUCCAGGACUUUGUGGAUGAUCUGUCGGAUAUUUUGGAAGACAUGGUGGAGGAUGGUGAUGAGGAAGAUAGUGACCUGGAGGAUGAAAUGGAAGGGUUUGAAAAGGAAGUCCUGAAAAUGUUUUCACUUCCAGGAGGCAGGGAGAAGGAGAAGAGGAUUAAAGGUGAAUGGAGGAAGGAGAACAGACAAGAACGUGGCUGAGUAUGAUUUGAUAGGCUGGAGGACACACUUUCUUUAGGACCACAAUUACUUCAAUGUGUUUAUCAGGCAGUCAACCAACCCUUCUUUGUGCCACUACCAUCUGUUAAUACAUUUCAGUAAAUUUUAAAAUUUUACUCUUGCUCAUAUAUUCACUGUGUCACACAGGCUGGCCAAGCUUACAAGUUCUAAUGAUUUUAACGUCUACAGGCUGAUAUUUUUUUGCUUAUUCUGCUUUCCAAAUAGCUCAGGCCACACCUGUUUGGAUGGAGAACAUCUGUUAACAUCAAUUUCCAAUUCCCAAACAAUUGGAUUCUCAAUUGGAUAUAAACAUUUUUUAAGAUGCUCUGCUCUAAGUCAAUUCUUGUAGAUCCAGCUGUACAUUUUAGGGUCAUUCUGCUGGAAGGUGAACCUCCAUCUGCUGCCUUUAAAUAGAUUUUUUUUUCCCCAGAAUUGCAUUGCAUCUCUUUCCCCAUCAACUCAGUUUUCUUUCCCUGCUGAAUCAGGCAGCCCCACACCAUGAAACUGCCACCACCAAUUGUGUUCAUGGUGUUUUCAGUUUUUCACUUAGAAUUUUGCAUGUAGGUCAAAAGUUAUGUUUUGGUUUCAUCUUAACAGGGCCCCACAUCUUUGCUGUGUCCUCUACAUGGCUUUUUGUAAUGUGUACGUACACUGAACUUAAUGUUUACUUUGAAACAUUGCUCUUUUCAUUCAGUAACGUCUUUAAAAUCAAAAGCUGGGUCCAGGUUUUUGUAUCGAGAUACUUCAGAUUAUGUAAACAUUCACUGGUGUUCAAAUAUCCUGUUUAGUAAUGUUGAAACUUAAACCUGCUGGAGCAGUUUGGAUGUUUUGAACUUAGUUUCUAGAAUUUAAUAUUUUUUUUAUUAUUAUUUAAACACUUCCUGCUUACACGGCACUGUGCUCUGUUAAUGUUUACUAAAGCUCCACUUAUUGGAGAUACAGGUUGUCAUAUUUAUUCAUCACUGUUUUGUGGGUUACUAAACCAUUAAUAUUAAAGCAGGCUUCAACAUGGGUUAUUUAAGAAAGCUGGAUAAUUUAUGUUUGAGAAUUUGGCAUUAAUUUGUAUUGUUUGUAAAUGUUGCAUCCAACAUGUUUUGUCUAGAAACGUAUUUAAUUGUAUUCUUACAACAGGCACUGUGUGGAAAACAAAUGUUGGGCACUUAAGUAUGGGCAUGUUCAGCAAGUUUGCUUGUUUUUUAUGUCUUUAAUUUAAAUAGGUUGUCACUUUAAAAUUUUUGUUAAUUUCUGUAUGUUUGCACACUCUCUCAUUGUGGUUCUUUUGUCAUGUGGAGAGUUUGAGUUCAGAUGUUUCUUGUUGCUUCUGUAACUUCAAAGAAAAUAAACUGUUUUUUUGUGAUC